AUGCCUUGCAUGUUAAAAUCCUUUUUCUCGGUUCCUCAGGUUUUUACCAGAAAAACUUCAUGCCGACUUCUUCACACAAACCACAGUUUUCACACAUAUAAUUUGGUGAAAGAACUAGAGCUUCGUGGUUUCGCUCGGGGGCAAGCGGUUGCCAUAAUGAAAUGUAUACAGGCAAUGUUACUUGAUAGCUCUGCGUUAAUACAAAGUCAAAUGCUUUCAAAAUCAGAUUUGGAAAAUGCAACUGCGCUUUCAGAGUUACGAACAGAAAUUCAAAUUCUCCAUAAAAACGAUUGGUCUGCAUUACGUCUAGAAACAACAAGUAUUCAACGAGAACUUGACGUACUGAACUCGAAGAUAAAAGAAGACACUACUACAUUAAAACACGAGAUACAGAUGGAUUUCAAUACGCGUAAAGCUGAGACUCGAACAGACCAGAAAAGAUUGGAGAUAAAGAUUGAAGAGUUAAAUAAUAAGUAUACCAUCGCAUUAGGUGAUAUAAGGACUGAUAUCGAGGCUGUGAAAUGGGAUACGACUAGACGAGGCAUGAUUGCAAUAUUUGGAAUGGGAAUAUGUGCUAUUUUUGUGAAUUUUCUUAUCUCGGAACAAAAAUCUAAUGAAUCUAAACAAGAGCCAUUUUCAUCU